ACCGGGGCACCGGGGGUGGGACGGAAGGAGGGGCGGCGGCGGCGGCGGCGGGCCAGGCCGGGCCGGGCCGGGCCGGGCCGGGCCGGGCCGGGCCGGGAGGUGGAACGCGCAGCCCCGCUGAACCCGCCUCGGGGCCUGCGGGAGCAGCAUGGCCGCCAGCCUGUGGAUGGGGGACCUGGAGCCCUAUAUGGAUGAAAAUUUUGUUUCAAGAGCCUUUGCCACCAUGGGAGAGCUUGUACUGAGUGUAAAAAUAAUUCGAAACAGGUUGACAGGAAUUCCAGCAGGCUAUUGCUUUGUAGAAUUUGCAGAUCUAGCUACUGCAGAGAAAUGUUUACACAAAAUCAAUGGAAAACCACUUCCUGGUGCUACACCGGCAAAGCGAUUUAAAUUGAAUUAUGCAACAUAUGGAAAACAGCCUGAUAACAGUCCAGAAUAUUCCCUUUUUGUGGGAGACCUGACUCCUGACGUGGAUGAUGGGAUGCUAUAUGAAUUUUUUGUUAAAGUUUAUCCAUCAUGUAGAGGUGGAAAAGUUGUUUUGGACCAGGCAGGAGUAUCCAAAGGUUACGGGUUCGUGAAAUUCACGGAUGAACUGGAACAGAAGAGAGCACUGACAGAGUGUCAGGGAGCUGUGGGGUUGGGCUCUAAACCUGUACGCUUGAGUGUGGCUAUACCAAAAGCUAAUCGUGUGAAACCAAUGGAGUACAAUCAGAUGUACAACUAUAAUUACAACCAGUAUUACCAACAGUAUCACAACUACUACGCUCAGUGGGGGUACGACCAGAACACGGGCAGUUACAGCUACAGCUACCCCCAGUAUGGCUACACGCAGAGCACCAUGCAGACAUAUGAAGAAGUUGGUGAGGAUGCAUUGGAAGAUCCCACACCUCUGUUAGAUGUCCAUGAAGCAAACAAGCAGUUUAUGGAACAGAGUGAAGAGCUCUAUGAUGCCUUGAUGGACUGUCAUUGGCAGCCUUUGGACACUGUCUCAUCAGAGAUCCCAGCCGUGUUAUAGCCUCGUUGCUGAGGCAUUGUGUCUGUGAGACAUCCUCCCAGCGCACUCCGGACUGUUAUACUGCCCCCGGAUCCUGCAGUUGUGAGGGGUGGCCCUUUCCCCACCCAGGUCAGGUACUCGGAGUACAGGAGGACUGUGGCCUUUCCUGUAGAGAACAAGUAUUGUAGGAGCAUCACAGUAACCUUUAUUCAUGGUGAAAAUUAGAACUGCGACAGUUUUAUUCUUUUUGUCUUGAAAUGAGCUCUUAAUACUUACUGGGAGUUGUAAUUUAUAAACUUUCAACAAGAUGGCACAGGAGAGAGACUCCAUCGUACAAUAAAAAAGUUGGUCUUUUAAGUAAAAUUACCCUGUGCAUUUUGAUUCCUGCCCAUCUUUCUGCUUUGCUGCCCAUUCAACUGUCUUAAGUCAUUUGACCCAAUGCUCAUGAAUGUGUUAUUUCAAAAAAGAUCAUUUUUAGACACUACUAAAAUGUCUCAAAAUCUUUCCAGUGACUGGGUAAGGUUGCUGUAACUUGAACAUGGGAUGAAAGCUUAUGUUGUGGUUAACUUAAGCUGUGAUCUUGAGCUUGCAAGUUUGAUAUUCUUAACCAAUCAACCCAAAGAGCACUUUGGAGAGCAAAGGCGGCAAGGAGUGUUAUAAAGCUUUUACCUGGUGGUAUCUUGCACCCCUGGCCUGCUUCUCCACCUGUGUAUGAGGAAAUAAUUCCCCAUGAACCAGCAGUUUAAAACACUUUUUCCAGCAACCAUAUUUAAAUAUUAUUUUGUGUAUCAUGCCUUUUUUUUUUUUUUUACUGUGGACACACCUUGAUGGUCUCAUUGAGAUGUUCAGAUUUCCUAGUGUCUUCCACUGUCCUGUCACAGCAAAACUGAAGAUCUUGCAGCAAAAAUGGGUCAGAGCAAUUACAUUGAUAUAUUGUGCAACAAAUGGUUGUUAACCUGGAAAGUGGUUUUCUACUGGAUGUUGUAUAAGCUGGAUGGACAAGCAAUAUAUUUAAGCUGAUAUGUUGCAUUAGAGAUGAAAGUGAAAAUAAUAGCACUUAUAUACAUGUUAUAAGCCCGUUUUCAGGCUUUUGUGCCUUAAACUCUUGAAGAAAUAGGAACAGAGAAACUACCUGUAAUAAAUGUCUAUCCAAGGAAUAGUUUGGUAACUGAAAUUGCUACUGCAGAGCAUUUCGUUGCCUCCCUGCCCAUGUUGAUGCAGAGAUUUACCACAAAAUUUAAAUACUUUGAUAAAGUUACUUCUACUACACCUUUGUUUGUGUCCAUAAUUGUGACCUAUUUGUCAGUCUGUGGUCUUUUUUAUCAGCUGGAAGUGGGAUGUGAGGGGAAUGGUGAUGUGACUGGAGUUAGGUUAUUCCUAAGGAGUGACUAGAGGAACUAGAGGACUGCUGGACUCCUGCGUUCUCAUCUGCUGUGAAUUUUCCUCGUGCUGUGCCCCUGACUGUGCUGCUGUCUCACCUUCAGCUGCUCUGAAUGUAAGGAAAGGAAUGUUCCCCUGUGUAUGCCAGGAGUUUCAGAAGCAGCAGAAGGGGCAGAGAGCAGAGCUUUAUAUUCUCUGAUGUGGCCACUCAGCUCAAGACACCCCCUCUUCUUGGGAAAUUCAGCAGAGUAGCAUUGCAGAAAUGAUGUAAAGAAGGGCAUUUAAAACACUUCCUAGAUCAUUCUGUUACUGUGCUGCCCUGUGUGCUUGACCUUCUCCUAUUUUUGAGUUGUCUUUUCCUACCCCCCCCCAUGUAUUUUCUUUUACAAUGUGGCUAUCUAUCCCAUUUUCCUCCAGGGGGAUGAAGCCACAUUUAUUUAUCAAUAUAACUUUAUUCUGCUGUUCUCAUCUGCCCAGCAUUGCUGUUUCUGGAGUAUUCCCUAAUGCCUGCAUAAUCUAUCUCUAUACAAGUCUGACUCUAGAGGAGAGAGGAGCAGGUUAUGAGGGAUCAGACAGCAACUCUGUGGGAAAAUCCUUUUGCUUUCUACUUCUGUUUUGUGGUGGAAAGAAAAAUGGUAAAUAUUAAUCCAACCCAUCCUAACCCCUAAUUCCUGGGAGAGCUGGGCAUGCACAGACCCUUGUGAGGAAUAAUUUGGGAGUGCAGAAGCCAGCAGAGAUGACCUGCUGACUCCUGUUUACUGGUGCUGCAGGGCUUAAAAUAGCUCCAGCUUUUGUUUCAGGAGAGAGGUUGAUGCAAGGCUCUGCGCCUCAUUCCCUGGAAGUAUGAGCCAGGCUUUUGGGGUUGUUUGGGAGAAUCUCAGCCAAGGUUGUUUGGAGCUGUUAAACCUCUGCAUUGUUUGGGUUUGUUUGGGGUUUUUUUUUAAUAUCACUUACUCAUCUUAAUGUUCGUUUUCAGCUCCUGGCCGUUAUUGCUGUGUCUGAAGCACAGGAGAGACUUUUAUAUGGAGCUGCAAAACAGCCGCCCCCUGGGAUUUGUAAGGUUUGCCCUUUGGAAUCCCAGUUAAAUAGAGUGUGGGAUUUUGUUUCUCCUGGAUGGCUACAGGAAAAGCCCAGAUUAAUUACCAUUUAGUGUCACACAGGAUGAAAGGCAAAGACUCCAUGUAGUAAGGUAAAUUCUGCUUUUAUCUCUAUGUGCUAAAGGCAAGAAGUCCAAGGCAGAUAUAUCACAGCUCCUGAAAAUUGCAUCCAUAUCAGCAACAGAGAUCAAGAAGCACUCUCCCCUUCAGCAGGCAGGCUUUAUAGCAAUUCCAAAACCAACUCAAAUAUUCUUAUUGUGUUCUUUGAUGAAGAUGUGAUUAUUCCAUUUAGAUGAAAGUGUGGGGACUUCAAUUCUCACUUGAGUUACACAGAUUGGGAAAGUUCAGCAGAGCUGGAGGAACAUGGGUGUUUUAGGGCCCAGAGAGGUGAUUUCCAAAGGCUGAGCUCUGAGGUUGUGGGGGGGCCUCUUGCCAUUAGUCUGUGUUUAAUUAAAAGCUUAACCAUACACAUUGGGGUGGCCUGGGGACGAUCCUGACUCCCUUCCAAAGGGAUGAGGAGUCUGGAAGCGUUUCUUUAGCAAAUGAUAAGAAGGCUGAAAGGGGCUGACAGGGAUUAUUUUUUUCCAUGUGAGUCUGACUAGAGAAAAUUCCUGUUACUUGGAUCAGUUUCUGGAGACAGGUUCAUAUCCCACACACUGAGACAUACACAGCACCUUUAGGAAUUUCUCUAAAUCCCUUUUGAGGAACAGAAAUAAAUAUUUGACUCUAA